ACCUUAAACAGUAUAUCUAUCUCUUAUCUUCCCAGUAGUAUAGCCAAAAACCUUUAUAUAUCUUCUCUUCCACAGAAAAGAGGGUCACACCUAAAAAGCAACCUCGGAUUACAAGAAAGCAGAAUGAUGAAAUACCAAGAAAUCAUAGCUAGCCUACCUAAGAAAGAAAUAUGGAACGGAGUGUCGUAUAUUUAUGAGUAUCAAGGCUUUUGGUUCAAUUCCCCUUUUCUUGAAGGAACCAUUUCAGUUCAAGAAAGUUUCCAAGCUCAACCUGGCGAUAUCGUGUUGUGUAGUGCCAUGAAAACCGGCACCACAUGGCUCAAGGCCUUAGCCUUUGCGAUAGUGACGAGGAACCAGUUUGAUGUGCUAUCAUCAGAUAAUAAUAAUAAUCACCCAUUGUUCAACGCCGUUCCUCACGAUUGUAUUCCUUUCUUGGAGGUUGAUCUUGUUGAGAACAAGAAAGAUCCUGAAAUGCCUCUUUUGUCCACACACCUCCCUUUCUCUUCCCUCCCCAAAUGCAUAAUUUCCAAAGACUGCAAAAUGGUUUACAUAUGCAGGGAUCCGAAGGACACGUUUGUGUCGUACUGGCAUUUUUUGCAAAGGGUGCUUCCGGGGAAACAGCUUUCGUUGGAGAAAGAAUUUGAGAUGUUUUGUGAUGGAAGCAGUGUUUAUGGGCCGUACUGGGAUCACGUUUUAGGGUAUUGGAAAGCGAGCAUUGAGCGCCCCGACAGCGUUUUGUUUCUCAAGUACGAGGAUUUGAAGAGGGGCACGCUGUUUUACGUGAGAAAAUUGGGGGAGUUCAUGGGACAACCGUUCACGGCGGAGGAAGAGAGGAGAGGGGCGGCGGAGAGGAUAGUGGAGCUGUGUAGUUUACAGAAGCUGAGCGGGUUGGAAGUGAAUAAGACUGGAAAACACCGCCAGGGUACGGCCUUGAGCAUAAAUAACGAUUCCUUCUUUAGGAGAGGGGUGGUUGGGGAUUGGAAGAAUCUUCUCAUUCCACAGAUGCAACGACGCAUGGAUGAAAUUACAGAGCAAAAACUGCAAGGUUCUGGCUUCAGCUUUUAAUUUGGUAGCUUCCAUGUCUCAUGCUUCACUGCAAUUACCAAUUUUAAUUUCUACUAAUUUUGGUCCCACAACUACUAUUUUAAUGCCAGUUUUCAUCCACAGCUAUUGUUUUAGUGCCAAAAUUCAUUGCGCCAAAUUGUUAAGGGUAUUUUCGUCAUUUUCAACUUAAUAUCUCAAUUUGAGGAUGAAUAAAUGCAUUUAAGUCUAAGAUCGAUCAAAAUUUGUAGUUUUCCUUCUCAUUUUACCUUAAUUUGAGGAGUUUGUAGUUUUCCUUCCCAUUUUACCUUAAUUUGAGGAAGAAAACUGUGAAUUGCGAUCGAUCUUAAGACUUAAAUCUUUUUAUCCAUGCUCAAAUUGGGAUAUUGAGUUGAAAAUAAUUUUAGAUUUCGGCAUGUUUUAAACGGAUAGGUGACCGGCACGAUAAAUUUUGACACUAAAACAGUAGACGUGGGACCAAAAUUGGUACUAAAACAAUAGUCGUUGGAUCAAAAUUAGUAUAAAUUAAACAUGUGGACUAAAAUUGUCAGUUAUUAGCUAAUAAUCGUGGGAGCAAAAUUGGUAUUUGCUCCUUGACUAUAAUAUAUUAAGUGUUUGUGUAAAAACUGCAUUAUGGUUCUUGCUUCAGCUUUUGAUAAAGCUUCCAUGUCAAGCUUGGCCACAAUAUUAUAAUUGUUUGUGUAUGAUGACUAUGGUUGAUUUUCUUGUGGAAUAGUUUAUAUAUUUAUAUGUUUCAA